UCUAGCUGAGUUGCAUUAAUAUAGUUACGAAGAAGGCCUCUUUCUCGUUCUCAGGCGCACCAGGUGACUUCUUUUGCAUAUAUUCAAAGCUUUAAGAGAUCCAGUAGUUUGCACAUUAUACUCCUGAUGGGUAAAUUUAACCUUUUAUUCUACUGAUGAGACAGAUCGGUGUGGUCAGACAAAGGAGGAGUCAGGUGAUAUCAUUGAAAUUAUAGUUAGACCUGAUGAUCCUCCUUCACCACAAGACAUUGCUGGUCCACCUGUGUCAUUCAGUUCUUCUCCGGAUCCUGUAGCAUCCUCUUCGAGAGUUGCUGAAACUCCACAGUCACCUGUGGACCUUGUCACCAGACCUGACUCAGCAGACUGUCACUUGAACAGGCCAUCACAGCCACCUAUGGAGAAUCAGAGAAUCAUGAGGAGGGAGACUCAAACUGCAGUAAAACAAGGCACCCCAACAGAUGAUGAACUGCAGAAAUUAGGGAGAGAUAUUGGUGAAAAGUGGAUGCAGCUUGGGCAUUGCCUGAGAGUUGAGGAGCCAGAACUACAGGAUAUAGACCAAAGACAGAGGCAGCUGUGUCAGAAAGGAUACAAUGUGUUAAUGGCAUGGAAACAGAAGAAUGGUUCUGCUGCAACUUACGAAAUUUUGAAUGCUGUAUUACAGCAUGAACUUGUGCAGCGAAAAGACUUAGCGGAGCAAAUUUGUCACAGUCAUGCAUCCUCUUCAAGAGUUGCCGAUACUCUGCAGUUACCUUCUGUGGACCUUGUCACCAGACCUGACUCAGCAGACUGUCACUUGAACAGGCCACCACAGCCACCUAUGGAGAAUCAAAGAAUCAUGAGAAGGGAGACUCAGACUGCAGGAGAAAGAAAGAGGAGAAUGUCAUGUGGCUGCAGUUACCAGGAUGUUAAACAACCCAAAGUCACAUCUAUGGACAUGGCAGAAGUACCUCCUUUUGAUGUGCAAAUUUGUCAGCGUAAACUUGCAGAGCAUUACAAAAGAACCACCACAGUGCCCACCUCUGUGUGGUCCAAAAAAUCUGCCGUGAACAUUCACCUGAUCUACACUCGACUGUCCUGGGUGAAAGAGGAACAAACCCCAGCUGGGUCAUCACGGGCCAACCUGGAUCACUACACUGAUAUGUUCACUGAAAAUAAGAACGGAUUGCCGUCAAACAGGUUACUCGUGCAAGGGCAGACUGGAAUUGGGAAGAGCACGUUUGUGAAGAAACUGGCUAUGGACUGGGCUGAACUUGACGAAAACCGGUUGACAGAUGAUCAGAGAGCUAUCCUGAAGAAGUUCGAGCUUGCUGUUGUUAUUGAUCUGAAAAAAGUAUCUAAACACCAAAGCCUCAGAGAUAUCGUAAGCGCCUCUCAUAUUUUUGCUGAGGAGGACACAGCCAUGAAAGACGGCCUGCUGAGUUAUAUCACCCAAAACCAAGACAAAGUUCUCCUGGUGUUUGAUGGUUACGACGAGUAUCAUUGCGCAAGGAACUCAGAAAUAUUUGAGAUAUUCAAAGGAAAUAAACUGAGGAACUGUUGUGUGUUGAUAACAACUCGAAUUUCCAAAGCCGACGAGCUGGUAGGAUUUCAGGACGUGCAUGCUGAGAUCACUGGUUUUAGUGAAGAGGACAGAAAGGCCUUUAUGAUCAGAAUGCUUGGUAGCGAAGCACAAGCACGAGAGUUAUGGGUUCAUCUUGACGACCGAGACGUGAAAGAUCUGGCGAGAGUUCCGCUUCUUCUACUUUUCUUUUGCACUUUGUGGAAAAAGGGAAAGUUACAGAGGUUUCCUGACUCCAAAACAAAAUUGUACGUAGCGAUCGUCCAGAACAUUUUGGAUCAUAAUGAAGGGAAAUGUUCUUCUUCUAACUUUCGCGAAGUUGAAGAUUUCAAGGAGAUUCUGGUUGAAAUCGGAAAGGUGGCUUUAGAAUGUCUUUUAAAUAACGAUCAUGUAUUCGAGUACGAUCAACUGUCCGCUGUUAUCCUUUGUGAAGAAAGUCGGAUUAUGGGCUUACUUCAAGUCAGUGAGUAUGCAGAAAAUAUUCGACCAGCAGGGAUGGUAUCGUUUAUUCACAAGAGCAUACAAGAGUUCUUAGCAGCGUGGUAUGUCACCUACCGAUGUGUCCCUGAAGGAAAUCUCGGUGGAAUUAACAACCGGGCCCGAACCUUGGACGACUGUAAUUCCUUGGAGAAUGUUUUCAUGUUUAUUUGCGGUUUGUCAGAUGGUGGAUCAGUGAAAGUUUUUGAACACUUGACAUCAUUAAGAGUCCGUGACUUAGAACUGGAUUUGUCAAAGACAAUACCUGAUGAGCAAAACGAGAAAGACAUGUCAGUAUGUGACGUCACUGACAAGCAAAUGAGGUUUAUUGACCUUGUCUACGAUUCCUUUAAUGAAGUUGAAUCGAAAACUGAACUUUAUAGACAUUGUUUAAAUUGCACUAUGGGGAUAAUUUUUCUUUCGCGGUAUAGAAGACCACUUUGUAACAUUGCACCAGAACAGAAAAUUUUAAAUGACAUCUCAAUUCGUGGUGUGGUGCUCCAUCCUCCCUGGUGUUUUUACGAAGUGACAGCACUGUGCGAGUCGCUUAAGUUUCUCAAUUGCCUACACAUUCCGCUAAAAACAACUGAGAAUUCGGCGGCUGUUUCAGUUGAAGAAUUUUUAAAGAAAUGCGAAACAGUAAAAGAAUGCAACUUAUGCCAUUUCCGUGGCAUCUUUCAUUUCCACAGUGGUAAGUCACUGUUUUACUUCACUGGACUGCGUUUCUGGUGUGAUGACCAUGCCAAACUGUUCACUGAGAAUUUUACUCCAUCUCAUUCCAUAAGUUUGUGUCCAGAGCCGUCAUCUCUGAAAUUUCUUAGCUCUCUAUGCAUUGGUUCAUUUGUUAGCGAGCAGACGCUGCGAAGUUUUCGUACAAUAAUUAGAGAUUGUAAGAGUUUCGAAAGCAUUGAAAUGCAUCGUUUGAAUGAGAGUGCUUUGGAAUGCCUGGAACAAAUACCAAAUCCUCUUACCUGUCGGUUGAAGCUCAUGGACGGUCCACUCUCAAGUUCUGAAGUAUUAAAGCUCGCUGGUUUGUUACCACGGGUCAACAACCUCGUCCAAUGUUGCCUUGACUUGUCUGGCUGCUGUGCUGAAGCAGAGUACAAGGUGGUGUCUAGCAUUACACAUAAGACUCUUCGGGAUCUGGCACUGUGCAACUUGAGAUUGACUCCAGAAACGGCCACGACACUCGGUCGGUCCCUUUCUGAAAUGUCGUCUCUAAGGAGACUCGAAUUAAAAGGGAAGAAGGAGAGUAGCCUGCAAUUGGUGGGCAUGGAGGCACUAUUUGGAAACUUUUACAAAAUAUUUCCAGCUUUAAAUGAUCUCGACUUCUCUCGUUUCUGCCUCAGAGGUUACCUUUACUCAAUGACUGAGCGUUUUCGCAUCCAUCUCACCUUGGAUUGGGAAAAUGUCGACGAGUCAGAUUUUGAUAAACAUUACUUUCGGGUUUUAGACCUUUCUUGGGAAUCCAUUCCUAAUCUCUCGGAUCUGUUUCUAAAUGGCAAUCCACUGGCUGACAAUUACAGGGUGAAAUCUGCCGAGAGAACAAGCACUGCCUUUGGUUCAACUCAUCGCGUAAUAGUAACACCGGGUUCAUUCAACAAGUAAGAAGAUAGAAAUGAGGACUGACGGAAAGAAUGACUGUGAUCAGUGUUAUGUCACUUGAGCUGCUUGUCCCAGUACCGCGCACAAAUACAUUUUUUGAGCAAAGAACUUGGACGCUUCACAGUGUUCAUUGGACAUUCCAUUAAAUGACUUUUACACUUGAAAAACAGUAAUUCUGUGAUUCAAUAGAUUGAGAAAAUGAUUAUUUGUUCAAAAUUGAGACAAUGGUAUAUAUACUCAGUGGUGUGGAUAUCUUUCUGCUUCCACAACGUUUAAACAAAUCGGCAGAUCAGACUCUCCAAUGAAUAUGUUGCCAGAAAUUUCCUUUGCGCAGAAAUUUUUGGCAUCGCCACGGAACAAACAUUGUUUAUUUGGAGUCCGAAACAACAUUUGCGAUAUAUUUCCUUUUAGCAAAUUGGCGAUCCCAGAUAUCUUUGCGCAAAUAUUGGCAAUUCAUUUAUUGAUGAGUUACAGACCGAAAAUUAAACUUAGCCAGGAACUUGCCUUUUGGCCCCUUAAUUGGUGAGGGGACAAAAGCCGUUUGCAACUAAAAAGCUGCGCUUAUUUUAGAGCAGGGCUAUGAAAAAAAUAGGCAAACGGUGACUGCAUGUAGCUUACUGCGCUUGUCAUUACCUACACUACCUUCACUACCUACACUACUUUCCAAUACCGACAUUAGAAAUUAGCGACACUAGAAAUUAGCGACACUAGAAAUUACUCGCAACUAAAGAAAUAAUGCAACCAAGCUCUGUGAUGAACGAAACAAACAUAUCAAUCGCAUUCUGAAUAUUUAACAAUUAUUCCACGAGCGCACGUUGGAUAUGGGAUGACAGGUAGCCAACGAGGCGCGUAGCAA